ACGAGUUCCAAACAACUCACGUAUACCCCUUCUUUGGUCCUUCGCUGCUUCCAUAUACCUCUGGGAUACCACUAAACUAAGACUCCGUUGACCACACCGCUACCCAGAUACCCAUGACUCUGUCCGUCAAGACCAAUGUCUCGCCAUCGAAAUCAAAUGGACAACCGAACUCAGCCACGACGCCGAUUAGCCCCAGAAACAGCCACUUUCGUGACUCUGUGAACCCGUCAAGGCCAACUACCGCACCCCAUAACCAACUCUCGAACUCUAGGAGGCCGCAGGAACGGCCACGAACCGGAGGGAAGGCAUCAUCGGAACCGGAGGAAACAUGGGGUUCAAACUUUUGGGUUACUCUUGUUGAUCCUCAGACGCAGACAUCUUUUUUCGCGUGUCCUGGUACGGGAGAGGUUAGCUGGGACCCCCCUGUUGGACAUUUCGUGCUGCCACCCAGCACCGAAGGAGAGUGGUGGGAGCUGAGCGACGAGUCGAGAGGAGGCAUGCGUUACUACUACCACACGAAGACCGGAGAGACCGUCUGGGACCGUCCAUCUGGCUUCGUUAUACCCCUUGGGAUCCUCCAGAAUACCGCGUUGGCACGUCGACUUUCUCAAAUCGAUAGAACAUCCAAAAACUUUGACCAAGAUCAAAGCAAAGAUCGCCUUUCUGUCCAGCAUCCUCCUCCGCGUGGAGGCCAGAGGCAGUCGAUACGUAGAAGCGUGUCCGACCAACAACAUCACCACAAUCGUUUGCAGGUUCAUCCAAAUCUAUCGCCUAUACCCGGUUCGCCGUAUGCUACAGAGCACUCUGCACCCCCAUCCCCGUCAUCGACCAAGUUUGGAACAGCUAGAACGGGGGAUAGCAAGGAUGGUUCGGGAUCGGCGUCCAAAGCAGGCAAGGAUAGUCCCAGCAGGAAGUCCAAUCGCGGAGAUAAUGCUGGAGACGUGUCUGAUGGGAGUAUUCGAAAGUCAAAGUCCUCGUCAUCUUAUUCUCCCGUUCGAGCUCAACAACCCCAAAGCCUGCACGCUGCGCUUGAGAAAUUGAACGUUUCGCAAUCAGAAGGGCCUCACUCCCCGUCUCCUAGUGCGAAAGGAUUUCUCAGCGAGUCCACCAGGAGUUACGACCAUGACUCGACACCAAGUCAUUCACCGCCUGCUUCAGUACGAACCAGAUCGCGGGAUAUCCCUCCAUCACCUUCAAGGUCUGUUCCCCCGACACCGUCAGGUCCAACGGUCGGGGGAAAGAAUAUCAGUAAGCCCGUCCUCAAUCAUGCGGCUACACUCCAGAUGAGUCCUGUCAAAAACAGGGAGACCAUGAAACCUAUCGCAGUGGUGCCGAAGAUCCAUGUAGCAGAUGCAAGCGCAUCAAAGACUACAUUGAAUGCUGGCUCAUACCCAGUGCUUCCAGAUGACCUCGUGUCUGAUAUUCAGCUCUUCUCGGAAUCGGAGUAUGCGAAGCAGUACUUUUCUACGCACAAGAGCGGCUUCAUAUUCAAAAGAAAGAUCCCAGUAGAACAGCUCAUGACCUGGCAAAAGUCUCCGUUGGCAUCGCCCUUGUUGCUGCUAAAUCGAACCCUUCACAAAGACGCCGUGAAGAUCUUCAAGGGUAUCCAGUUUAUUAUGGGAGAUCGGGAGCGAGAACGGCCUUCAGGGCUGCGACUACAGCCCGACACCCCAAAUCCAGGAUCUAUCAAUGCUUCGUCAACCUCUCUUGUCAAUCCUUCAGCGCCCGUUCUCGAACAACAGCGCUGGAUACUCGGCGAAGGCCUGCUUCACGGUGAACUAAGAGAUGAGAUCUAUUGCCAGCUGAUGAAACAACUCACCGGCAAUCCAAGCACAGAGAGCAUAUUCAAAGGAUGGCAGUUCCUAUGCGUACUACUGCUGACAUUCCCGCCGUCGAAGAAUUUUGAGACGUAUCUUGAAUCUUUCAUCACCAAACACACUACCUAUCAGGAGGGUCGGAUCGACGUCAUUGCCAAAUACUGCCUUCGUCGUCUAUCAUCGAUUUCAAUGAAAGGACCUCGGGGCAAGCCCCCGUCGAUACAAGAAAUCGAGACGGCUGCGGAUGCUGCGUUCAAUCCAUCAACGUUUGGAGAAUCCCUUGAUGCCAUUAUUCGCCUUCAAGAGCGGAACUACCCUCAUCAAAAAGUGCCUAUCAUCCUUCCCUUCCUUGCGGAUGGCAUUCUAGCUUUAGGAGGCCCCAGAGCUGAAGGGAUCUUCCGUGUUCCAGGGGACAGCGACUCUGUCUCUGAACUCAAGCUCCGCAUUGAUCGAGGAUAUUACACUUUGGAAUCAGUGGAUGACCCGCAUGUCCUUGCAUCCUUGAUGAAACUAUGGCUCCGCGAACUAUGUGACCCUCUUGUCCCCUCGGAGAUGUAUAAUGAAUGCAUCAUGAGUGCGCAGGACCCGCACGCGUGUGUUCAAAUCGUCUAUCGACUACCCACAAUCAACCGGCGAGUGAUCCUGUUCGUUAUCAGCUUUCUGCAACUAUUCCUGGAAGAAAAGACACAGAGCAUAACGAAGAUGACUCCUGCCAAUCUGGCACUCGUGAUGGCCCCAAACCUUCUCCGGUGCACGUCGGAUUCUAUGUCUGUCGUCUUUACGAACGCUCAGUAUGAGCAGAUCUUCAUCUACCACCUUUUGCUUCAUCUCAAAUGUGACGAGGUUGACCCGGACUAUAGACCAACCCAUGGCUUGGGAGCCGCCAAAGGCUCUUCCAAACCUGGGAAGAGCCACUCUCGACGUCCCAAUUCUUGAUUCAUUCUGAAACGCCCUACUUACGACCGCUAACCUAUACCUUACUGUAUCUGUAUUUCUCUAGUUUGACCAUUUGAAGAUUGGAUUAUAGCUGUAAAUGACAUAUGCUCUAGAAC